AUGCCCGAAGCAGUCGCUCAGCGAAUUGUUCCUGGUGCUCCCCCACCGGCCCCACUGUCGAAGACCCAGAAGAAAAAGAGAAAGGCUAAGGCCAAGUCGGAGAACGGCGACGCCCCUGCUGUCAUCGACACUGCAACCGCGCCGCUCAUCGAAAAGGCUCCUGAACACGCCGAAAUUCAAGACGGCGUUGUUGCUCCAGAACUGGUUGCUCGGACUGAGUCGCAGGGCACACCUCUUCCUGAGGAAGAUGUCUUGUUAAAGCCUAGUCCCAUCGUCGAGCUCGUUAACAAGCGUCUCAAGGCAACUACAAAGAAGAUUUCACGAAUUACCAUCUAUGCUGCCACGGAUCCUGAAAAGUUGAAUGAUGAUCAAAAGCGUACACUGAAAACUCUCCCUACACUUGAGGCUAUUCAAAAAGAGCUUGGAGAAGUAAAGAAGGCAAUCGAGGUGCAUGAAGCCGACUUGGUGCAAGAAUUGACCGUUAAGCGCCUUGAAGCUGAGAAGGCCGAAAAGGCCCGACUUGCUCAAGCUGUGUCUAGCGCAGAGUCUGCUCUCGUUUCUAAAGCGGGUGCCAUUCUUGACCUUCUUCGCUUCCGUGCAACUCUACACGAUGGCUUGAGCAACGCUACUUUGUCCGACUCCCCUGAAAUCUUGGCCCUUCUGGCCCAUGCUGAUGCUCUCGUUGGCAAUGAUGAAGAAACAAAACAAGCUACCCUCAAGACCUUGCUAUUUGGUGAAGAUUUUGCGGAUAUUACUUCUUCAAAAAUAUUUGAAAUUGUGGAUUUGGCCUUCCACCCUCCACGCGCUCCUACGCCCCCUCAACCCGAAGAGGAACAACCCGCUGUCGCUCAAUCCACAACAGAGCCCGAACCCGAUGUCGCCGUGGCUGGUAUUCAACCUCCAACGAUGUCUAGCAGCUUCCGCUUCAUUCAAGAUAGUGAAAUCGAAACUCCAUCCUUUGACGAAGCUGAGUGGGUUGAGAAAUCUGAUGCUGCUGGUCACGUAGAGGAGCCUACCGUCAAUGGGCACGUCCCUGAAGAAGCUGCUCCAGCUGCUGCCGCAGACCCAACAAAUGGCCCCAUCGAUUGGGCAGCUGAUGACGAAGGUGGUCUCCCAUCCAUCGCCGGACUCCACGCCGAAUUCGGUACCUCAGGGUCUGCCACCCCCGCCGAAGCCGUAGACGCCACAGUACCUCAACCCGAUGCUACUCCUGCCCCCGCCGCUAAUGGCGACACCGAGCAGCCAGAAGACGAUGGCUUCACGCAGGCCGGUCGCGGACGCCCUAGGGGUGGUCGUGGCGGACACAGGGGUCGUGGCCGUGGCCACCACGAUGGGUUCCGCGGGGGAGAACGCGGUGGAUUUAGAGGCGGUGAGAGGGGUGCAUUCCGUGGUGGUGACCGUGGUGGAUACAGGGGCGGUGACCGUGGCGAACGUGGAGAACGCCCUGAGCGAGGCGAGCGAAGUGAUCGUGGUGGAAACUUCCGCGGUGGACGUGGAUUUAGUGGUCGUGGAGGCAGUGGCGGUGAAUGGAGAGGUGAUGGAAGGGGCCGUGGUCGCGGACGAGGUGAUCGUGGAGGAGCCCCUGGUACACCUACCACCCCUGCGCCUGCCCCGGCAGCAUAA